AUGCACGAGACGAUUGCCGGAGAUGAGGUCUACGGACCCGGAACCUAUAUCGACAAGUAUGUACUUUCCGUACCGGAAGAUGCCCGUCGAAUCUUCGAGCUCCUCGCGUCGAGAACACCCGGUUUCACAAAGGAUCCUGCUCUAUGGAACACUGUCAAGUUUGAAGGCCGACCGGAACCCAUGGUUCCCGGUCCGAUGAAGUCCCCCGUCGUGACAGCCGCUCUGCAUGCCAUGUGUGGAGUAGUUGGAAACGAACUCCUGGAGUUGCGGGAUGGAAACCUGGCCAAGGAAGCAAGCGUGACGGUGGACACAGACCAUGCUGGGAUAUGGCUUGCAUCGACGUUUACCGCAUAUGUGAAUGGCAAAGAUAUUUCGACUCUCGCACGGGCCCAAGAACUCUCCAAGAUAUUUGACAGGGAUUUCGAGCAAGGUUUUGGUGUAGGGCCAUUGGCUGCUCGAGCCACUGCAUUAUAUCCCACAAAGAAUUCUGGGGUGUGGUAUCAACUUCACGGAUCUUUGGAUGCAAGCAAGACACUUUGUUCGAUGGGCAUCGAUAUGAACGUGCCAUUGAAAUCCCUCACAGAGGGAUAUGAAUAUAUUCGAGAACAUAUGCAGAAAUGGAGUCCCGAUGAGCUCGAGAUGCAUAAUGUGAGACAUGGUCUGUGUGGAAGUAUCUGCUACUCUCCUGAAGGCUGGAGGAAGACCGAAAUGGGAAAGCGACUUGCUGAAUAUCCACUCAUCAACUAUACGCGCGAGUCAUAUGCGCAACCGACUCCUCCGGUUCCUAUGGUUCAGCUGCCUGAUCGUCGGCCUUUGGCUGGGAUCAAGGUUGUGGAAAUGGUGCGGAUCAUCGCUGGUCCUACUAUCGGCGUGAUUCUUGCAUCUUUCGGUGCGGAUGUUAUCCGUGUCAACUGUAGUAGAUUAGCAGAUCUAAAUGUUCUCCAACUCACACUCAACGCCGGAAAACGCACGAUCGAUCUCGAUAUUGGAACAGAGGAGGAUAUGGCGCGACUGAAGGAGCUUGUUGGCGAGGCAGAUGUGUUUGUCCAGGGUUUUCGCUAUGGAUCACUAGAUCGCAAGGGACUCGGCCUACAAAGCAUGCUGAAUAUGGCAACCAAAAGAAACAAGGGGGUAAUCUACGUUGAUGAGAACUGCUAUGGUCCAUCUGGACCUUUUGCCGAGAGACCUGGCUGGCAGCAGAUUGGAGAUGCUGCAUCAGGUGCUUCAUAUGUGAUGGGUCGCUCAUUGGGAUUUGAUGAAGGAAUGAGCGUCCUUCCACCAUUGCCGGUCUCUGAUAUGACUACUGGGGUUGUCGGUGCUCUGGCGACAAUGUUAGCUAUUCGGGAUAGAGCCCAGAAAGGAGGCUCAUAUCACGUUGUAAGCUCGCUUGUGGCGGGAGACGCCAUUCUUGUCGAUGCUGAGGUUGGCCUCUAUCCAGUUGAAGUGGUACAGAAAACACUCAAUACGUUCAAAUUUGCGCGGCCGUCUCCAGACCAAUUUGUGUCGGAGAUUAUGAUCCAGGUAAUUGAUGGAUGGAAGAGGGUGUUCCCGCAAUAUCUUGCUCAAGGCUCGCCAUUUAUGAUGAAAUUUGAGAAUAGCCCGUGGGGCCGGAUGGAUAUGUUAAGGCCGGUGGCCAGACUGAACGACAAGGAAGCAAGUCCCACUUGGAAGAAUGCUCCUGUACCGAACUGCCAUCAUGACCAAAGCAUCACCUGGCAUGACCAUCUUGUAGGCAGAGUUCCCGAAUUGUCAUAUUAG